CCCACUUCACACUAUUUCUGUUUGGGCAUUUCUGAUUGUGUUGAUGUCGUCGAUCCCAAAAUUUGUGGCGCCAAUUCACAAUCCUAAGUGAUAAAAAGAAAACUCGGCAGGAUGCCGGCGUUUCUCAAGCACAUCGAGGUCGAGAACUUCAAGUCCUACAAAGGAAAACUGAUAAUUGGACCCCUGAAAUCGUUCACCGCAGUGGUGGGUCCAAAUGGUUCAGGUAAAUCCAACUUCAUGGACGCCAUAUCCUUCGUGAUGGGUGAAAAAACGAGUAGCCUUCGAGUGAAGCGUUUCAGUGAAUUGAUUCAUGGUGCAUCAAUUGGAAAACCUGUGGCUAGAAGUGCCUCAGUCACAGCUGUUUUUGAGAUGGAGGAUGGGACAGAGAAGUCCUUCCUGAGAUCUGUCCAGGGUUCAUCCUCAGAGCAUCGAAUAAAUGGCUCGAUGGUCACCUCUCAGGUGUAUCUGAGUGAACUUGAACACCUGGGGAUCAACGUCAAAGCCAAGAAUUUCCUCGUGUUCCAGGGUGCUGUUGAGUCCAUUGCUAUGAAGAACCCGAAGGAACGGACAGCCCUCUUCGAGGAGAUAUCCAACUCUGGGGCCCUGAAAUCCGAGUACGAACGUCUGAGAACGGAGAUGUUACGAGCAGAGGAGGAGACGCAGUUCUCCUACCAGAAGAAAAAAGGUUUUGCUGCUGAGAGGAAGGAGGCGAAGCUGGAGAAAGAGGAGGCAGAGAAGUAUCAACGCCUAAAGGAGGAGUACGUGGAGAAACAGGUGGAGCUCCAGCUGUUCAGGCUUUAUCAUAAUGAGCGUGAGAUUGAGAAUUUGGAGAAUAAUCACAAGAAGAAGCAGCACGAGGUCGAGAAGAUUGAGAAGAAGAAGGAGAAGGCUGAGGAGACACUCAAGGAGAAGAAGAAAGAGUCUGGAAAGCUCGCUCGAGAGCUAGCCAAGAUUGAGCAGGAUAUCAGAGAGGUUGAGGUUGAGAUUACCAAGAAACGACCGACGUUUAUUAAAGCCAAGGAGAGAGUCGCUCACAUGCUGAAGAAGGUUGAGUCAGCGAGGAAAUCAUUGGCUCAGGCUCGAACUGCUGAUGAGGCUCAUAAGAAGGACAUUAACGAGCUUCAGGAGGAGCUGCGACAGGUCGAGGAGUCCAAGGCGGCUUAUGAGGCCAGCAUUGCUGGACAAUCCCAGUCGCAGGGACGAGAUGUUCAGCUGGAAGAUGAACAGGUGAAAGAAUAUAAUCGCUUGAAGGAAGAGGCAGGUCGACAAUCAGCUCGUUAUCUCCAAAUGCUGGACUCUAUCAAUCGAGAGCAGAAAUCUGAUCAGGACAGGCUCGACAACGAGAGUCGCAAGAAAACUGACAUCGAGAAUAAAUUGAAGCAAAAGGGACACAUGAGAGACGAGGCAUUAAAACGUGUGGAAAAAUUGGAAGAGCACAUAAGAACUUCUGAAGCUGCCCUCGAGGACCAGAAGAAGUUGCGCCAGGAGCUCCAGUCAGAUGUUGGCAGUUCUAAAGACAGGAUCCAGAAUCUCCAGAGGGAGCUGGAGAGAAUCUCUGAGCAGCUGGGUGAUGCCAAGGUUGACAAACACGAGGUAUCUCGAACAAAAAAGAAAACUGAGAUAGUAGAGAACUUCAAGAGGCUCUUCCCAGGAGUUUACGAUCGAAUGUACAAUAUGUGCGAGCCCAUCCACAAAAGGUACAACGUGGCUAUCACGAAGGUCCUGGGUAAGUACAUGGAGGCCAUCGUCGUGGACACAGAGAAAACAGCUCGUCAAUGCAUCCAGUAUCUGAAGGAGCAAUACCUGGAGCCCGAGACUUUUCUUCCUCUGGACUACAUCCAGGCUAAACCCUUGAAGGAACGUCUGAGGAAUAUUCAAGAGCCGAAAGGAGUGAAAUUAUUGUACGACGUUCUACACUUCUCUCCGAAGGACAUCGAGAGAGCUGUUCUCUUUGCCACUAAUAACGCUCUGGUCUGCGAAACUCCAGAAGACGCCAACAAAGUCGCCUAUGAGAUGGACAAAAAGGCUAGAUAUGACUGCGUUGCCCUGGACGGUACCUUCUACCAGAAAGCUGGAAUAAUCUCUGGCGGAUCUCUCGAUCUAGCCAAAAAGGCCAAACGUUGGGACGAGAAGCAAAUGGCACAGCUCAAGUCUCAAAAGGAGAAACUUACAGAAGAACUCAGGGAGUCCCUGAAGAAGUCCAGGAAAGAGUCUGAACUCAACACUAUUGAGUCCCAGAUUCGAGGUCUGGAGACGAGACUGAAAUACAAUAAGAGCGAUCUUACAGCGACGAAAAAACAAAUCACUGACUUGGAGUCUGAGCUGGAGGCCCUGCAGGCUGAGCUCGACAAGUUUGUACCCACGAUUGCAGCCAUUGAGAAAACAAUGGCUGAACGCGAUCAGGAGAUCCAGAACAUCAAGGAGAAGAUGAAUAAUGUGGAGGACGAUGUGUUCGCUAGUUUUUGCGAGCAGAUUGGUGUUACCAAUAUUCGACAGUACGAGGAACGAGAGCUUCGAUCUCAACAGGAACGAGCUAAAAAGCGAAUGGAGUUUGAGAAUCAGUGCAACAGGAUUUAUAAUCAAUUAGAUUUUGAGAAGCAGAGGGAUACGGAGAGCAAUGUCCUCAGAUGGGAGAGGGCAGUGCAAGAUGCCGAGGACAAGCUCGAGUCUGCUAAGCAGGCGGAGGCCAACCAGAAGGCGGAGAUUGAGAAUGACGAGACACAGAUGGAGGAACUGAAGUCUCUGAGGACAACCAAGAAGAUGGAGGUAGAUCAAAAAGAGGAGGAGAUUGGCAAGUGUAGGAGGGAAGUGGGGGCCAUUGCCAAGGACAUUCAGGUUGUUCAGAAGCAGCUCAACAGCAUUGAGACAAAGAUUGAGCAGAGAAAAGCUGAGAGGCACAAUAUUCUGAUGCAGUGCAAGAUUGAGGACAUCGCCAUUCCCAUGAUCAGGGGCAACAUGGAGGACAUCGCUGGUGAUACUACCAAUGAGAUUAACAGUGACUCGAUCUCAUUAGCAAGCAAUAACACUCAACAGUUUGAACGUGAGGCCAGAAUCACCAUUGAUUACUCCUCUCUGCCUGAUAAUCUCAAGGACGUGGAAGAGGACGACGUCAAGAAGACAACUGAUAAAUUGAAUAAAACAAUCUCGGAAAUGCAGAAUAGUAUUCAGAAGAUCCAGGCACCCAACAUGAAGGCCAUUCAGAAACUCUAUUUGGCGAAGGAGAAGCUUCAGGAGACCAAUGAGGAAUUUGAACAGUCCAGGAAGAAGGCGAAAAAGGCCAAGACCAUGUUUGAGAAGGUGAAGAAGGAGAGGCAUGACAAAUUCAUGGCGUGCUUCGAGCAUGUGGCGAAUGAGAUUGAUCCGAUUUACAAGAGUCUCGCGAAAAAUCAGUCUGCCCAGGCAUUUCUGGGACCUGAGAAUCCUGAGGAGCCGUAUCUCGAUGGGAUUAAUUAUAAUUGUGUGGCUCCAGGGAAACGAUUUCAACCGAUGUCCAAUCUGUCUGGUGGGGAGAAAACUGUCGCCGCUUUGGCUCUUCUGUUUGCUAUUCACAGCUUUCAACCUGCUCCCUUUUUCGUUCUGGAUGAGAUUGACGCUGCUCUGGAUAAUACUAAUAUUGGAAAAGUGGCGAGUUAUAUCAGGGAUAAGACGAGCUCUCUGCAGACGAUUGUUAUUUCUUUGAAGGAGGAGUUCUACUGUCACGCUGAUGCUCUCAUUGGGAUCUGUCCUGAGGUCGGCGUGUGCUUGGAGAGCAAGGUUCUCACUCUGGACUUGACUGCCUAUCCUGCCAGCAUUAAUUGAGGAUGGAUAUUUAUUCUGGAUUUUUUUUUAUUUUUUAUUUUAUGGGGAUCCUGGGACGAGACCUGCGGGAGGAUCUUGAUUAUCGUAUUUUAGAGGAAUUUGGUAAUGCUUGUGACAAUUUGUUUCAUAGAUGAAAGUGAUGAGAACAUUUUUUUGUCAGUUUCUCUUGCAAGAAUGAUGUAAAUA